AAGUUUUCCAAGGUGUGGUUGGGUUGGUGGAGAGGUGGCAGGGUGGGCUUCAGGGUGAGGUGUCCUCCUGACACAGUGCAUGGUGUGCUGUCCUGCUGGAGAGUGGCUUGUUUGAUUUAGGGCUGGAGACAUAUGGUGGCUUUGGGAGAGAAAGUGAAGCAGCACUGGAGAAGCAGGAAUCCCAUGAGAAGGUGAAGAGAGAAGCUGGUGUGAGGACAACACUCUCCAGCACAAAGCAAGGAUCGGUUGGGGAAUGGACGAUUCAGGAUCCUGGUCUGAGACUUCAAGCCCUGAAGCAUCCCUGCCACCCUCGGGGAAGAAAGCCAAAGGCAAAGCUCCUCUUCCGCCAGGAGAAGUGCGGUACGCUGAAAGCUUGCCAUCCUUCGAUUCCACAGACAGCGCUCAUUUCACCAUGGAGCAGAAAGAGAACUUCAUCGAUCGAGACAUUGAACUAAAAGUGGUUCUACCUGGAGAGCGGACUGCUCUGGCCACCGUUAACGGAAGCAAACCGAUGAUGGACCUGCUGAUACACCUGUGUGGACAGUACCGUCUGAAUCCUUCGGCCUACACGAUAGAAAUGAUCGCACCGGAUAGAAGUGUAAUCAAAUUUAAGCCGAAUACACCUGUUGGAAUGCUAGAAGUGGAAAAGGUUGUUUUGAAGUCCAAAAUUCCAGAUGACAAGAAUAAGAAACCCUGUCCUACAAUGCCAGAGCAAACCGUUCGCGUUGUAAUAAACUACAAGAAAACACAGAAGACGGUAAUGAGAGUCAGCCCUCUUGUUCCACUUCAAGAUCUCAUCCCUUCAAUUUGUAAUAAAUGUGAGUUUGAUCCCCUAUACACUGUGCUGUUAAAGGACUAUCAGUCCCAGAGGCCGUUGGAUGUAACUAAGUCUCUCAGUGACCUGGGUUUAAGGGAACUCUACGCCACGGACACCAGUAGAGCUACCAGUCCCAUUGAUCUGAAGCCGCCACCUUUACAAGAAUCCUGCCAAAAUCUGGAUAUAAAGCAGAAUGACGAGAAAGGGUUCUUUAACUUUUUCCGCAGAAGUAAAAAGAAACGCGACCAAACAUCCAGUGCUCCUGCAACUCCGCUUCUAGGUAAACCAAGGCCAACGCAUAUAGUAAGAGCCAAUACGGUCUCCAAAUCCUAUGAUUCAAACACACUGCCUUCAGAAGUUCCAAAGAAGAGGAGAGCCCCGCUACCCCCCAUGCACACCUCUCAGAGUGACUCCCACAACAUCUCUCGCGGACAAAUGCGCUCCUCGUCUUGUGUUGUAAAAACUGUUGACGUUAAUGAUACUGAAAAGGUUCUAUCAGGAAUUGAUAGAUCAAGAACCGGUUCCUUGCAACUGAGCGGUUCUACGUCUUUUAACUCUACCCUGCGUACAACGAAACGCAAAGCUCCACCCCCGCCUUCACCACCACCAAAAUCUCUGCAAGAAUGCAAUGAUGAGAACAGAAAUGAAAUCGCACCUGUGGCUGAAGAAUUCGUCCAUGCCGAGAAAGUCAUAGAAAAAGAAAUUAGGAAUCUGACAACUACGACAGCUACAGUUGACGUCAUCUCUGAACACAAUUUGGAAGAAAUUGAGGAAAAAGAAGAAUACGGUUCUAACCACAAAGGGGAUGAUGUAGACACCAAAACCAUUGAUGUGCCUUCCAGCAUAAAUGAUGGAGAUUCCCAUGCUGAAAAACAGAAUUUUCUACUUUCUCAUACAGAAGAUUCCAUCAGAAGGUCAGAAGAUGAGAUCAUGACUGAUGCAGAGUCAUCUCAUUCCAAGACAGAAGACACUGUGAUUGAAGCUAAUACACUUGAACAUGUAAAUAAUGAUCUUAGAGAAGUGGGUACCUCAAAUCAAACUUUGGUUAGCAAUCGAAGUUUUGAAACGAAAGAAGUACAAGUUGAGGAACAGCCCCUAACACCACCCCGUGACCAGCAUCAUGAAAGCAAACAACCUUAUUUUCAGGACGGUACUAAUGCCCAGACUGAAACGGCAAAUACUCUUGUCCAAACUGGAACACAAAAGGGAAAAACUCAGGAUUUUGCCGUUCAAACUAAUUUUGACAGUGAUGUAGAUGUUGAUAAUGAAAAGGAGCUGGCUCAUUCUCCAGCUUCGAGUGGCGCAGAGAAUGUGGCGUCCAGAUUUAAUGGUCAACCGGUUCAGCAGCCCUCGUUCACUAAUCGACACGUGGGGCUUUCAGGGAGUGAACAAAAUAAACGGGAAUACUUUGAUUCCAGUAACAGAUCUCAAUCUUUCACAGAGGACGUGCACACGCAGACUGUUAUCGUUAAGGGGAGCGUGAUUGAAAGUCCUGUGACUUCCCCAUCAAAAACGUUCCAGCUUCAUAAACCGAAUAUUGAGCCAAAACCAAAGCCUUUCAAUGAGGUCACAAGAGACUAUUUACCCAAGAUUGGGAUGACCACUUACAAAAUAGUGCCCCAGAGAUCAUUCGAGAUAGAGAGAUAUGUCGAGACUGAAAAUCCACCGUAUGCUCAGAAUCCUGAGUCAUUGGUUUUAAGUAACCAGGAGAUAAACCACACAGAAAAAGAAACCAAAAGCCUAUCACCUCUUGGAUCACCUAGGGACUACAAUGAACUACCCUCAAUACUUAGUAAUGGAAACCAUUCUUCUCAACAUGGAACAACUGUUACUCCGUCAAGCCCAGUUACUAAUAGCAGCACCGAGGACAGUCGAAAACAUCUUUUGGCCUUAACAAAAAGUCUAUCUUCUGCACCCGCUUUAAAAACCGAGAAGAUGAACAUCCCCGAUUCUAAACCAAAGCCUAAUAAUGCAAGUUCUGUAAAGGCGCCAAGCUCUUUUUAUUUGCAGAUGCAAAGGAGAGCAUCAAGUAUGUAUGUUACAUCCGCAAUAGCUAAAGCAAAAUCCUCCACGACUACUUGUGAUAAUGCUCCUAAAUUGAAAGAUCCAGUGAAGGAUAAUGCACAGGUCAGCAUUAAAAACCUCCCUUCUAGAAUGGAUGCUUUACACCUAGACGGUGAAAAAUUACCAGAAGAGAAGUCGACGUUUGUGGUGCGAUCUGCUGAAGCAAAACGUGGGAACCUUGAAACUAUUAGUGAUGGACCUUCUGAACUUGAAAAAAAUAGUGGUACAUGUCAUACGAUUUUUGAAACUCAUCCUCAGCAUAGUGAAAUAAAAAACAAAGUCGGUUUAGGCAACGUCGCCAAAGAAUACCCGGCGCAUGUCUCGUAUGGAAACAGAAAUGGAGAUAAUGUAGAGCCUGCUGCUAAACAGAAUUUGGAAUCCGUGCAGAUUAAACCUCUAAAUCCCACGACAACGGCUCAUAAAUCUUCAGAUGUUCUACACAAUGAGCACAGUUCAGGUGAAGUCCUUACAACAUCAUCUGGGCAAGCAGUGCGAUCGCCAAGUUCUCCAACCGGUCAGUCGGUACCUUUAAGCUUACAAAAACUAAGGACUUUUGCCACACCAAGGCCGUUUUCAAGUACUCAUCCUACUUCUUUUGCUACUGCCGUCACAUCUGCUGUUAAAAGAUCGCAGUCGUUCAGUAGCAGCACCUCUCCGGCUAAACAUCCGUUGAGAGCAGAUACAAUCUCUGACUGUUCUUCUGUCAACUCUAACUCUGAAACGAAGAAUGAGUCUUCUCAAGCAUCAAUAAUUCCUCAGGACAGAUCGGAGACAGAGAUACUAACCCCUGAACUAAAAUACAGAGUGCAUAGCCCACCACCAAUUCUUGCAAAAAAGACUGCUGUGUCAUUUCAAACCUCUGACCCGGAACAAGUACGUCAGAGUUUGAUGGCUGCCAUCCGUUCAGGAGAGGCUGCCGCUAACCUGAAAAGGAUCACUGUCCGCUCGAACACGAUAUCUAUCAAUGGAAGGUCCCGGCUAAGUCAUCCAGUCUUCUCGGAGACCCAACACGAAGCGUAGAUGACGUGCCAAUAAUAGGCGUUUUGAUGCUACUGCCGCUGCAUAUAAGAAAUUAAAAUUGAAAUGUUUAAGUAUUUUGAGUUAAGUUAAAUAUAAAUAUAUUAAUAUAUUGAAAUAAGACGCAAAAAAAAUUUCAGUAACAUUAUAAAUAAGACGACACGUUAGUGAUGUAUUUUUGGAUUUUGAGGUUAACUUGAAGUGACCUGCCUUUUCUUUUUUUUUAUUAUCACUGUAGAUUAAUGAUUUUGGUGUAAUUGUUAUACUUUGAAUCAAAAAUGGAAUCCAUAGACUCCAUAGCAAGUUCGGCGUUUACUGUUUAUUUGUAAACCAAUAUCUGUAUCGAUGUAAUAUUUUUUUCUUAUUGAUGUCUGGAUUCUCUACACUGUUUUACAGAAUUAAUGUAUAUAAUAACUGCCAAUAUUGCCUCAAUGUUUAGCAGGUAAUUUAUAAGAAUCUUCAACUAGCAGUGUUAAAUUGAAUUCUGAUUAAACUAUAUUGUGCUGAUGUUAUCACAAAGAAAAAAACUAGUUUUUUUUUUUCUCCUGAUUAUGUAUAGCUUCCUACAAGCCGUUUUGUUGAUAAUCGAAAAGUUGUUGUGAAGACCAAUUUUACUGUCAAAAGUUAUAACUAUAUCCACACCAACGAAACAUAAAUAAAAUCCGACUCUCACCUUUUCACUGAA